AUGAAAAGUCAACAACUUUCGAAAAGUCCUCGUGAGCGAUCAGCAAGUAGUGUUUCCAAUGCCUCAACCAUGUCAGCCUCUUCCUCUUCGUCAAAUUGUGUCGAUGAAUUUAUAUUGGCACUAUGCGGGGAUGGUUCGGUUGGAAAAAGUUCCAUCACAACACGAUUCAUUCAGGGUACUUUUGAUAAACAACAAAUCUAUGAUCCCACUAUUGAGGAUGCGUACUAUGUGAAGAGAAAUGUGGACGGUUUGACCACACAGAUGGAAAUUAUAGAUACUGCAGGUCAAGAAGAAUAUAAAGCGUUGAGAUCUCAAUACAUGAGAAGAUCGUAUGGUUUCAUCUUUGUCUUUGAUGUCACCAAUGGUGACUCCCUCAAGUCUCUGAAAGAGUUUUUCGAACAAAUUCAACGUAUCAAAAUGAGUGAAGAAGAUGUCAGUGAUUGUAGCUCUCUAUCAAGUACUCCUCGAUGCAGUGAUGCCACCUUGGGCUCAUACAUGUCCACCAGUUCAAGCAUACUCUCCUCCUCCAUGAUGUCAUUGGUUUCACAUGAUCGAAGUUUUUCGUCUAGUUCCAUUCACAGUAAUUACUCUGGAUCAAGACAUGCUCAACAACAAACCUCUCCUCGUAAUGCUGGAUCAGGAGGCCACACCUCCUCUCCAUUCCUUCAUCCCUCUCUCAACUUUCCAUUCAUCUUUGUCGGAAAUAAGAUUGACUUAUUGUUGCAUAAUGCUCAUUUGGCAGAUUUGCCCAAUCCUCAACGAAACUCGACUCUACCGCAGCAACAUCCUCAAACCGAGAAGGAGAAACAUCAAGAGAAACGAGACAAGAAACUUCUCCGAAAAUUAGACAAGGAAGUAAGGUCAUACAUUGUGAGGGAAAUUCUAGGUCUCGAUGAAACUCAACAUCCUGAUUUCAUCAAGAACUAUCAAUUGCCUCUGUAUUGGACUUCUGCGAAGGAGAAUAUCAAUAUUGAUGAUUGUUUUGAUGGUCUCCUGAGGGAGAUGAGAAAAUUCAGAGCUCUGCGUGAAGUGAAAACCUCACCACGGUCCUCGGAACGAAAAGGCUUGUCCAAACUCUUUGGAAGAAAUCGAGAGAAUUCUUCAUCUACCAUCAUUCAUCAUGCAAGUACUUCAACGGUACCACAAAUUCAAGAACCUUCUUCCAAUGGACAGCAACCACAAGCAACAAAUUCCGGGCCUCCCCGAAGAAGAUGGGGAAGUUUCUCCUCCAACUCGAGUCAUGUGAGUCAGCAACAAAAGAAUCAAGAGGCUCGGAAGAAGAAUGGAGAGAGAAGCGCUUCGUAUCCUUCUCGGAGAGGUUCCUUCUUGUUUGCUUCUUUCAAUUGUGAUAAUGAUAUGGAAGAUUUGUUUCCAUGA